AGGCGACAGCUCAACCCGAAUUUCCGUAUUCGGUGCGGACUCUGCUCUCAAUAGCGUCUCUCUCUCUCUCUCUCUCUCUCUCUCUCUCUUUCUCUCCUUCCUGUAAAAAUCAAAAAGCUUCCAAACCAUGGAUAAUCACCAGUCUUCUAGACCACCAGUCACUGGCUACCCAGCCCCAGGCUACCCCCCUAGCAACAACCCCAGCGGCUGCGCCACCACCGCCGGAACCGGUUUCCCUUACGCCGCCCCACCGCCUCGUCCUGCUUACUACAACCCACGUUACCCUUACUACCCACGCGCCACCCUCUUCCGCCGCCUCCUCGCCAUCCUCAUCGCCUUCUUCAUCAUUUGCGGCACCAUCGUCUUCAUCAUCUGGCUUGUCCUCCGCCCCCGCUUCCCCGACUUCCGUGUCGACUCACUCUCCCUCUCCAACUUCAACCUCUCCUCCUCCCCAUCCUCCCUCAUCUCCGCCAAAUGGGACGUACGCUUCACCGUCCGAAACCCUAACCACAAGCUCUCCAUCUUCUACGAUCACAUCAAUGCCUACGUCUUCUACAAGUCGGAGUCUCUCUCCGACACCACCCUCCCUCCCUUCGUUCAGGGGACCCGGAAUCAGACGACUCUGCGAGCGAGUUUCGCUACGGCGUCGUCUUACGUUGAUGAUUGGGCUGUUGAGGGCAUCAAUGGCGAGAGGAAGAGUCAUGGGACUGUGAAUUUCAAUGUCAGAUUGCUCUCUAGGGUUAGAUUCAAGGCCAGUUGGUGGCGAGCCAGGCACCGUAUCUUGAGCGUCUAUUGCGGAGAUUUGACGGUUGGGAUUUCGUCGAAUGGCGCUGGAGGGACGUUGGUUGGCGGAGCAAGGGAAUGCAGGGUUGGCAUUUGAAUGAAUUUAGCAUAUGAAUCAAGAUUAUUUUGACACAGACUACAGUGGGGUUGCUGAAUACCUAGGACUGGAGAGGUCCAAUUGCAUUUUGUGUGGGAUGAAAUUAAUGAUGAAGACAAAUGGAGAUGUAAUUAUAAAUGCUACUACAAUAAAUCAUCAGUGAUCUUUUAUGUUCCUAAAUGCCUUUGACUUUAAUAGCUCAAGUAAGAUAAUGGCUUUCUAUAUGUUAUAUGGAUUUUGUUACAGGUAUGGGUGUCGGGUACAUGUAUAUAUCAUAGUGUUGGAUUCAUCUAAUUCCCAUUUCCAAUGAUGUUGGGACAU